GCCACCAGUCGUCCGGAAGAAACAGAUGCCUGGCUCCCGAAUAAACAGUUCCAGUUUACAGGCGCAGUUUUCAUGAAAAAUUACAAUUUUGACAUUUUGACGCGAGUUAAAAUUAGUGGCAGCGCUUGAAAAGUUUUAAUCCCCUUUAAAAUUUAUAACGGCAUUGGAAAAUACACAAAUUAAUGAUCACUGUUGGUUCUUUUAGCAUACCGCGCUAGCAAAUAUUCAGAAAACAUGGCGGUGUCCUUGGGCAGCACGGGCAUCGUGAGGCUACUGGCUGCCUGGGCCAGGGCCGGAUCAUCAUGCGGCGCCUCUGGAAGCAGAGGCCUCCAUGUCACCGCGGUGUGCUGCAAGAAUCGAGCGGCUCGUAUCCGAGUGGGGAAAGGAGACAGACCUUUGACCUAUGAGCAAGCACUUCACCCUCAUCACAUCGGCCACCGCAAAGGAUGGCUGUCGCAGCACACCAGUAACCUCAAAGGAGAAGAGGGAGCAGCUGAACGCACCGUAGAGGACGUGUUCAUAAGGAGGUUCAUGUUCGGGACCUUCCACGGAUGCCUGGCCAAUGAGAUCGUGAUCAAAAGGCGCGGCAACUUGCUCAUCGUGUGCGCUUUGAUGUUACAGAAACUCCCGCCACAGAAGUUUUACUUCUUAAUAGGCUACACGGAGUCGCUACUGUCGCACUUCUACAAAUGUCCCGUCAAGUUAGAGAUUCAGACCCUGCAGGAGAAAGCUGUGUACAAGUACCUCUGAUGGGACUGUGUAGUGUUAGUACAGUACUAAAGGUUUCCUCCAGAGAUCGUACCCGACCAGCUGGAGUUUAAAAUGUCAUGAUAUAAAAUGAUGACUUUGUUCCCGUCUCCAUUCCUGCUCGCUGACCGAGGCCACCUUCUGUUUUCCAGUUUUUUUUUGUGAAACAAACUCUCAGAAUUAAAGGAAGAUCCAACCAUU